GCAGUCCCAGUCCCAUUCUUUCGCUUGACAAGAUCCUCCCACGCGUCCUCCGUAAUCGAUAUCGUUCAUUUAUCCAUUCUUCCCAAUCAACCACCCCUAUAGUCCUGCUUCAUUGCCAGCUAUAUCCUACAGGCACUUACUACCGGCAUCCUUAUACGACGAUACCUAUAUCUCGUGUUAAACGGCCGCACCUAUGAUUGCUCGGCCAUCCUGAGCCUCCCGGCGCUCCCCUUUCCAAGCCGCCAUUUAUGGCUGGCAAUCGUCCCUCCGAACGCGGCCGCCAGACGUCUCGAAACCAGACCGGCCGUCGUAAUGGCUCGCCCCGAACUUCGAGCGCACAAGCUGCGUCUUCGGAUAAAUCGUUCAACGAGAAAUCGCGACCUAAAAUAGACAAAUGGACCCUGGGUAUUCUCAAUGAUAAAGAGACGGAGGAAGUCCCUGGGACUGUCCUCUUACUUUCUGCAAAACGCAAUGAACCUCUGGGUUAUGAACAUCAGCAUGCUCGCAGAAGUUCGUCUUCGAUGCCAUCGCAGCCCAUGACUCCCCGCUCGUCGAGACGAGCGUCAAUUGCAUCCGCGAAGAGGACGAAAGAUGGACAGAUAAUCCUCAAUCCGCAGCCGGACGACUCUUUAAACGAUCCUCUCAAUUGGUCGGCUUGGAGAAGAGAUUCUUCUUUGCUCUCGCUGGGGUUCUACUGCAUGUUGGGUGGAGGAAUGACCCCCAUCCUCGCCGCUGGGUUCAACAACGUGGCUCAGACUUACCACGUAACGUAUCAAAGGGUGGCGUUGACAACAGGUCUUUAUAUGAUGGGUUUGGGAGUGGGCAGUGUCAUCUUUUCGCCCACGGCCAUCCUAUUUGGCAAAAGGCCGGUCUACCUCGCAUCAGCGGUCAUGUUCAUCCUCACUUCGAUUUGGUGUGCUCUAGCACCUGAUUAUGCCAACCUGGCUACAGCCAGAGUCUUUCAAGGUAUCUCUGUCAGUCCGGUGGAAUGUUUGCCUUCGGCGACAAUCGCAGAGAUCUUCUUCUUGCAUGAGCGGGCGUUUCGUGUGGGCAUAUACACUCUUCUUUUGCUCGGCGGGAAGAAUUUGGUUCCUCUGGUGAGCGCGGCCAUCAUUGAGGCCAAAGACUGGAGAUGGGUGUUUUGGAUUGUUGCUAUGGUUGUUGGGUUCGGAUUCUGUAUUUUGUUCUUUUUUGUGCCAGAGACCUUUUGGGACCGGCCUCCAAGACCCAAGUCACGAAGACCCACUGCUCAACGGAGUAUAUCCAGCUUUCUUCACCAUCCGCUACAUCAUUCUAAGUCACCUACGAAGACACAACUUGCGGAGCCCGAGCCCGAAGAUCCGGCUGCGGAAGAGGCUGCCCUCGAGAAGAUUAUGACCCCUCGACAACAUCGGUUGCACGAACAGAACGCACAUGCCAGAUUCGAAGACGCCUUAGACAAAGAAGAUGAUGAAGUGAAGUCCGAAAGACCUAUACCAGUAAUAAACAUUGAUGAUGUGUUUUCACCUGAGGAACCUGUGGCUGCCACCGAAGCCACCAAUGACCACCAACCCGCGGCGGAGACCGAGGACCCAAGUUCAGUUGUAGCCGACGGAGCGAAUGACGAGAUCACGAAAAUAGACCAACCUGGCACGAUGGUGCCUAGAUUGUCAGCACGGAGAAAAGUCAAACCAACAGGACUGGUCAUGCCCCUGUCGCCAGAUAUGAGCAUGUACAAGUCGCAGACGGAACCGAACAAGUAUACCAUGCCUUGGGAUGGAACUAUGAAUGGCAAACCUGUCAAGUUCCCGACAAUUCAGUUUCCCAAUAUCGCUCAACCAGGAGCAGCCACCACGGAGAGCGAUAUCUCGGUCCCACAUCUCCACAAUCUCAACUCACCGUACUACAUGGAGCUCGAAAAGAAUGAUGACUACCUCAGCCAUCAUCCACCACCGAGCGAACCACCUGCAGAGGUGGAACCAAAGGAAGAAAUCACGAGAAGUGAGACGGCUGUCACGCUGCCUGAGUCCAUCCACAGUCCUGUGAAUCUGGAGUCGUCAAGGAGCCUGGACGACAUCCCGUUCAGUCCAAGACCUAUACAAUACACAUCCAACCUACAACGUGCGCCGCCAAAGACUUAUGCACAAACCCUGAAACCAUGGAACGGAAGACUUUCCAAGGCGAACUGGUUCCUGGUGGCCUGCAGACCUUUCAUACUAUUUUUGUAUCCGAGUGUGCUGUGGUCAUCACUUGUAUACUCACUCUCCAUCGGCUGGCUUAUUGUGCUGUCCGAGUCAAUAUCUAAUAUCUAUCGCAGCCGCGACACGUACAACUUUUCUGCGCUAGGAGCUGGGUUGGUAUACAUCUCACCGUUUGUGGGUGGUAUCCUUGGUACGGCGGUUGCAGGAAAAGUGUCUGAUGUUAUUGUGCGCUAUAUGGCACGACGCAAUGGUGGUGUGUACGAGCCAGAAUUCCGGCUCGUCAUGGCCAUUCCUGUGGCAUUCAGCACUGCUCUUGGGCUCAUGGGUUACGGGUGGUCGGCUCAAGAGCGCGACAGAUGGAUCGUACCGACAAUCUUCUUUGGCAUCAUCUCGUUUGGAUGUUCACUCGGCAGCACCACGGCCAUCACUUUCUGUGUGGACAGCUACCGACAAUAUGCUGGCGAGGCGCUGGUGACGUUAAAUUUCAGCAAAAACAUCUUCCACGGUCUGGUGUUUAGUUUGUUUUUCGCAACGUGGUUGGAGGAUGACGGGCCCAAGACGACGUUCUUGGCCAUCGGCGCCAUUCAAAUUGUGUGUCUAUUGACCACCAUCCCCAUGUACAUCUACGGCAAGAGGGGGAGGAUGUGGACUGUCCGGAAGGCGUUCAUGGAGAAGUUCUGAGGGCAUGGUCUGUAUCACAAUAGAAAUGUUGGCAUAGGGUCAACGAUCAUGAUCAUGAAUACGUCUGUUUAUGGUUUGGGUGUUGUUUGAUGCAAAAUCUUCUUGAAGUCUGGUAGCAUAGCGAUGGCGUCCAGCGAGAGGGAGAUAUUAUUGUCACGAGGGUAACCGGAGUUGGUUCAUUUGGCGACAAUUCAUUUUCGUCCAAUGAUGUAGACUUCAACGUUUGAGAAGUCUUAACGUCAAAACGAGGUAUUUAUCUGGUGGACUAAUUUAGGAAUCCAUUCUCGGCGACUUAUACCCACGUGCCAGUCGAGGACUAAGUAUCUUCUCCCCACCUUGACGUCCCGCUCAGCCAGGGAGACGUGAACGGGACCGUUAAUGGGGGUGUCUGCCUUGCGCCAAUAUUCUG